GGUUGAAUAAAAAACACAUGACUCCCCAGACUGGUAGGCUACUGAUGUAUGUGUUGGACGAACAAAAUAGACUGAUUUAGAUUCAGCACUGGGCGGUAGUUCGCUGGCCAUGAGAAUCUUAAUAGGAGGGGGGUCUGGCUUCGUGGGUCGUGAGCUGACACACUUGCUGAGAGACAAAGGUCACGAGGUUACGGUGAUAUCUAGGCAACCAGGUCCUGGAAAGAUAACAUGGGGUGAAUUGGAGUCUCAAGGCCUCCCACCAUGUGAGGGUGCUGUCAACCUGGCUGGAGAGAAUCUCAUGAACCCUCUUCGAUGGUGGAAUGAAAGCUAUAAAAAGGAUUUAUUCUCCAGUCGCAUUGACACGACAAAAGCUUUGUCUCAGGCCAUCGCUGCGUCCCCCAGUCCACCUCGCUCCUGGGUGCUGGUAUCUGGUGUCGCUUGUUACAAACCCAGUCUGACAGCCGAAUACACAGAGAACAGUGAGUGGACACCGUUUGACCUGCUCUCAAAACUUGUUAAAGAAUGGGAGGCUGCGGCACUCCUCCCCGAGAGCGUUGCAAAGGUCACCAGACAGUCCAUCAUUCGCCCUGGAGCGGUGCUCGGUCGUGACGGCGGGGCCAUGAAACAAAUGCUGCUGCCCUUCUGGCUUGGCCUCGGGGGCACCCUGGGCUCUGGAGGACAGCCGUUCCCCUGGAUCCACGUGUCAGACCUGGCAGGAAUCAUCACCCACUUUCUGGAGGCCCCUGCAGACACAUCCUCCUCCUCCUCCUCCUCCUUCUCCUCUUCCGUACCACAGGUGUACAACGGAGUCGCCCCUGCUCUUAACACCAACUACGAGUUCACCAAAGAACUGGGUCGGGUCCUGAGGCGGCCCACCAUCUUGCCCGUGCCUGGCUUCGUCAUGAACGCCCUAAUGGGCUCUGAAAGGGCCGUGGUCCUCACUCAAGGCCAGAAAGUCAUCCCACAAAGGACUCUAGAUGCUGGAUUUCAGUACAAGUACCCAGACCUGAGCUCAGCGCUGAAACAGAUUGUUGGGAGUUAACGACAGCUUAGGUUUGCUUAGUUUGUUUUUCCAUAUUAAACCAUAAUAACUAGAUAUACACAGUUGGGUAAAAGUGUUUGCACACUCGGGAUUUGAGGUGUACUGUGAUUUCAGAUAAAUGAAGUUAAGGGGUCAGGUUUAGAAAGAAAAGAAAUUGGAUAAAAAUUCUGAAUGUGUGUUUAAACUUUGCAGUAAAACUCCUCAGUGCAAAAACUCAAUUACUGCAAUAACUUAUUUCCAAGAUGGUAUUUCCAGUCAAAAUGUCAACUGUACAGGAUUUUACACAACCUAGAAACUAACGGUUUGAUAAAAGGUAAAUGGGCUGUGAUAAGGAAUCACAUGAGGUGUUGUGGGUUAAAAUCCCACACAGUUUGCAAAUAUCUGGCACCAUCUGUACUUUAAAUCUGGGCAGGAGCCUGCAGGCAUUGCAGUUUUUGGUGCCGGUUUGGACAGGUUGAGCUGUGUCCUUGCUUAUCUAAAGGAAUGAAAUGCUUCUCUCAUGACUUGGUGUUAAAAUGAACUGGUAAAAGUCAACCUCAGUGGGUUCUGUGGCAAAACCUCCGGCCACUCAGGAUUGCUCUCGAGAAGCACGCUACUCCUAAAUAGAGGGAGCGAGAUGAUUAAUAGUGUGCUCUGCUCUACGUCUCCCUCUCCAGCUGAGCAGAAACCAAACCCCGCCACCACAAAUACUUUUAUACCCGAGUUUACGGCUCAUAAUAUAACAUACUCUGUAUCUCCAUCACAGUGCAUUCAUUACAGAUGUUUCUUCUGAACCUCGUUUAUAAAUCUGUCCGGGGAUUUUGUUAUGUUUGCUGAGGAAAUAAAACAAUUUAUUGAA